UUUAUGAUGGUAAUGGAUUUAAAAAAUGGUAGUUUAAGACAACUUUUAAAUAAAAACUUGAAUUGGAAGCAUAAGAUGUUGUGUUUACAAGGUAUUGCACAAGGUCUUAAAAUUAUUCAUAAUAAAGGAUUAAUUCAUCAUGAUUUUCAUAGUGGAAAUAUAUUAAGCAAUCUUGAUCAAGAAUCUUAUAUUACUGACUUGGGAUUAUGUCAACCAGCAAAUGCAAAAUCCUCUCAAAAUAACAAUAAAGAAAUAUAUGGUGUAUUACCUUAUAUAGCACCAGAAGUAUUAAGAGGAAAAGAAUAUACUCAAGCAAGUGAUAUUUAUGGAUACGGAAUUAUUGCAUAUGAAGUUUGUACAGGAUUGCCUCCUUAUCAUGAUAUAGCUCAUGAUGAGUUCUUAGCAAUGAAAAUUUGUCAGGGGUUGAGGCCAAAGUCUAAUUAUAAAAUUCCUCAAUUAAUUUUUAACAUUAUUAAACAAUGUUGGAAUGCAAACCCUUUAAAACGACCUAGCGCAAUUGUAUUACAUAGGUUAAUAUAUAAUUUAUUUUCUGAUAUUAAUCACAAUAAUGUGAAUUCUAUAAUUUAUAGGCAAGUUAAAGAAGCAGAUGAAAUUAAUAAAAAGUUAUUUUCAACAGUUCAAUCACCAUUAUCAUCUACUAGUACACUCUCAUAUACAACACAUUCUCAAGCAGUUUACACAAGUAGACUUUUAGAUUUUAAAAAUCUUCCAGAACCUAAAAAUGCAGACAAAAAUGAUGAUUUAGAAUAUUCAGAUUCUUUAAAAAUGGAUUUUACUAAACUUGAUAUUAAUUCCAAAGGUAAUUUUUUUACAUGUGAUUUUUUUGAUCUAUUAACCAAAUUGAAUUAUUUAUUUUAUUAUAGAUGAAAGUAAUUAAGUUCAGACUACUUUUAAAGGUAUCAUAUCUACUAUGUUUAUUA